AUGGCUGAAGAAGAACAUACCUUUGAAACCGCCGAUGCUGGUUCCUCCGCUACCUACCCAAUGCAAUGUUCCGCAUUGAGAAAGAAUGGGUUCGUCGUCAUCAAGGGUAGACCUUGUAAGAUCGUCGACAUGUCCACCUCCAAGACCGGUAAGCACGGUCACGCAAAGGUCCACAUGGUCGCCAUCGAUAUCUUUACCGGUAAGAAAUUGGAAGAUUUAUCUCCUUCCACCCAUAACAUGGAAUGUCCAGUCGUUAAGAGAACUGAAUUCCAAUUGUUGGACAUUGAUGACGGGUUCUUGUCCUUGAUGACCAUGGAUGGUGAAACUAAGGAUGAUGUUAAGGCCCCAGAAGGUGAAUUGGGUGACUCUAUGCAAGCCGCCUUCGAUGAAGGUAAGGACUUGAACGUUACCAUUAUUGCGGCUAUGGGUGAAGAAGCCGCUAUCUCUUUCAAGGAAGCUCCAAAGGCUGAUUAA